AUGCGGUGUGGUGUGGUGUGGCGCGGCGCGGCGAGGGUCAAGUUUGCCCAGGCCACUGUGCGGCGCAAGGGGCAGGUGCAGGAGGUGCGGGCGGGCGGCGGCGCAUACGGCGGCGAGUCCACCGGAGUCAAGUCCCGCGUCAGCAAGUCGGUGCGGCUGUGA